CAGAAACUUAACCAAAGCUCUCUUACAGCCUGCAGCUGAGGGAAGGAAGCAGUGGCCCGUUUCCCCAGGCGGUGUGAUGAAAAGCUGGAAGACCCAGGAGAAAACCGAGGCUCAGGUGCCCACAUGAUCAGCACAGCCAGGGUACCUGCAGACAAGCCUGUACGCAUAGCCUUUAGCCUCAAUGAUGCCUCAGAUGAUACACCUCCUGAAGACUCCAUUCCUUUGGUCUUUCCAGAAUUAGACCAGCAGCUACAGCCCCUGCCACCUUGUCAUGACUCCGCAGAAUCCAUGCAGGUGUUCAAACAGCACUGCCAAAUAGCAGAGGAAUACCAUGAAGUCAAAAAAGAAAUCGCCCUGCUUGAGGAAAGAAAAAAGGAGCUCAUUGCCAAGCUGGACCAGGCAGAAAAAGAGAAGGUGGAUGCAGCUCAGCUUGUCCGGGAAUUCGAGGCUCUGACGGAGGAGAAUCGAACAUUGAAGUUGGCUCAGUCCCAAUGUGUGGAACAACUGGAAAAACUCAGAAUACAGUAUCAGAAGAGGCAGGGCUCAUCCUAACUUUAAAUUAUUCAAUACGUGCGUAAGAGGUGGGUGACUGUUUUGCACUAGCCAAAAGAUUUCUAUUUUAAAAGAAUAGUGAAUCAGAUCUAAUGCUUCUCUGUAUGACCCACAAGGCAAACGUCUAUAAUGAGUUUAAUGCUUGCCAGCUUCUAGCUCGAGAGAAAGAAAUAUUUUAAGUGAGAUCAUUAACGUGAAACUAUUAUUAGUACAUGUUUCUGGAGAUUAGAAUUUCUUUCCAAGGAUAUGUAUACUUUUAUUUUUUAGGAAGAUGUGAUUAUACUGCACAUCAGGGUAGAAAAUAAUAAAAAUAGAACAUCGACUGACUCGCCAAGAAUCAUGAGCUGUGCAGAGUUAAGCCAUGCAACAGACCAGUAAGAUGCUCACUGUACUUCUACAUCUUGUGUAUUUUUAAGUUUCAGGCCUUUAAUAUUUCAAAUGUCCUCAAAUCUAAACCGUCAAACUUCUCUGCAUAUAUUUAUGCUCACCAGAGUCAGAUUUAAUACCUCAAUGAUUGAUUGUACUAAGAAUAAAUGGUGGCAUAUCAUAAAAGCUUCCUCAUGAAAAUAUUAGCAGAAAUCAUGUUUGUGCCCAAAGCACACUUGCCAGUGCUAACUUGCUGUUGUAAUAAAAAACAGAUAAGGCUGCAUUUUCUUCAUGCCACGUUACCUCCUGGUAAACAACCCUGCCUUUGCCUGUGUGUGUUCUGGGGGAUUGGGGGCAUGGAAACAUUAUUUGAAAUUACUUGGGUGAGUUCCCAUGAAAACGUGAGUGAAAUUACAACUAUUACUUUGUUCUUGAUUUAAGAAAAUGCUUUAGAUCAGUAAUAACUUAUAGGAACAUGUGAUUAAAUUCAGAAUUAAAAUGAUUUUCCCUUGUUCUAGUUAUCAUCAUCUUUUCCCAAAUCAAUCUCUUUGUUAUGUGUCAAUUUCUAUUCAUGUAACUUCUUUUUCAUUAAACAUGGAUCAAAACUGCCA